UCGACCAAGCCCGUCGCCAUCAUUGGCAUGAGCUGUCGCUUUCCGGGAGAUGCCACCAGCCCCGAGAAACUAUGGGAAUUGGUCUCCGAGGGUCGUAGUGCGUGGUCGGAGAUUCCAAAGAGUCGCUUCAACCAAGAGGCUUUCUUUCAUCCUCAAGACUCCAACCUUGGAACUUCCAACGUCAGGGGUGGGCAUUUCCUGACAGAAGAUGUCUCCCUCUUCGACGCCUCCUUCUUCAACUUCUCGGCCGAAGUAGCUGCCAGCAUGGACCCCCAGUACCGGUUGCAGCUCGAGUCGACCUUCGAGGCCAUGGAGAGCGCCGGCGUCACCAUCGCCGACAUGGCCGGGACCCAGACGUCCGUGUUCGCGGGCGCCUUCUUCCGAGACUACCACGACGUCCUGAUGCGGGACCCCGAGACGCUUCCCCGUUACUUCAUGACAGGCAACGGCGCCGCCAUGGUCUCGAAUCGUCUCUCCCACUUUUUCGACCUGAGGGGUGCCAGUGCCACUAUAGACACCGGUUGUUCCACCGGCCUGACAGCUCUCCACCUGGCGUGCCAGAGCCUGCAGACCGGCGAGGCGGCCAUGUCGGUCGUUGGCGGCGUCAACGUCAUGAUUAACCCGGACAUGUUCGUGUCCAUGUCGAACCUGGGCUUGCUCGGACCCGACGGUCGCUCCUAUACAUUCGACCAUCGGGGUAAAGGGUAUGGGCGUGGCGAAGGUGUCGCCACUCUGCUCAUCAAACCGCUCGAAGACGCUCUUCGAGAUGGGAAUCCCAUACGAGCCGUUAUCCGUACCACCGCUCUGAACCAGGACGGCAAGACGCCCACCAUGACGUCGCCGUCUCCGGAAGCUCAGCAGGAGCUGAUCCGCACCUGCUACCUCAACGCCGGCCUCGAUCCUCUCGAGACGGCCUACGUCGAAGCUCACGGAACUGGUACCAGGACCGGUGAUCCCAUCGAGGCCGGCGCCAUCGGCGAGGUCCUGGGCAAGGGACGUCCCGCAGACAAGCCUCUCUUGAUAGGAUCCAUCAAGUCCAACAUCGGCCAUCUCGAGGCGGCUUCCGGCCUCGCCGCCAUCAUCAAAGUGGCCCUGGCCUUCGAGAAGGGCUACAUCCCGCCGAACCAUGACUUCCAGGUUGGGAACCCGGGCAUCCUCUUCAACGAGUGGAGGCUGCGCGUCCCGGUAAAGCUGGAGCCGUGGCCCGCAGGUCUCCCUCGUCGCGCCUCGAUCAGCAACUUUGGUUAUGGCGGCACCAACGCCCACGUCAUCAUGGAGGACCCGAAGUGCUACCUCUCCCGAAAGGACACGGAAGAGACAUCCAACGGUUCCUCCUCGUCCCUUCAGCGCUUUGUAUUCCCCGUCAGCGCGAGGGACGAAACAGCCGCCAAGACCGCCAUCUGCAACCUCAAGGAGUUCCUCCAGUCGAAGACGGAGGGAGAAGAGGUGAAGCUCGACAACCUCGCCUACACGCUGGGUCAGAAGAGGGCACUGUUCCCGUGGCGAGCCGCUACCCAAGCAUCGACGGUGGCCGAACUGAUCGACAACCUCGGGGACAGCGGCCUCCCGCCGACGCUCGCCAAGGACCUUCCGCGCCUCGGCUUCGUGUUCAACGGACAGGGCGCCCAGUGGUUUGCCAUGGGACGCGAGCUCAUGGGCGCCUACCCGGUGUUCGAACAGACCAUCCGCGAGGCAGAACUCCAGCUUUACUCCCUAGGUUGCGAGUGGUCGUUGAUCGACGAGCUGAAGAGGGACGAGGCGAGCUCCAGGGUCAACGAGACCCAGUUGGCCAUGCCGCUCUCCGUGGCCAUCCAGAUUGCUCUGGUCCGGCUUCUCGGGUCGUGGGGCGUCAAGCCUACCGCCGUCACGGGUCACUCGUCCGGUGAGAUCUCGGCCGCUUUCGCCGCCGGCGCAUUGUCCCUCCGUGCCGCGAUGGCGACGGCGUUCUUCCGCGGCUCGAUCACGGACAAGUAUUUGGUCCAGGAUAAGACCACGUCCGGGUCGAUGAUGGCUGUUGGUCUUGGUCCCCAGUCUGUCGAGCCCUAUCUCGACCAGGUCACGGAGGGCAAGGUCGUCAUCGCCUGUGUCAACAGCCCCUCGAGCGUGACCUUGUCCGGAGACACGACGGGCAUCACCGAGCUCGAGGCCAGGCUGAAGGACGAGGGUGUCUUCGCCCGCAAGCUGCAGGUUCCCGCUGCGUAUCACUCUCACCAUAUGGCUCGUCUUGCCGCGAAAUACCAGGCCGCCCUUGAACCCCACGUCCUUCCGAGUGCGAGCUUUGACGGCGUUUUGUUCUCGUCUCCUGUCACCGGCGGGUGGGUCGAGAAGCCUGAAGAGCUCGGCCCGGCUCACUGGGUCAAGAACAUGGUCCAGCCCGUCCUGUUCGCCGACUCGUUCUACAACAUGUGCGUCGGGGACACUAACACAGAGGAACAUGAAGCCGACAAGUCGAAGAACAUCGACAUGAUUGUCGAGAUUGGCCCUCAUGGCGCCCUUGCCGGUCCCAUCAGACAAAGCCUGACCACGGUGGAAGCGCUCAAGGGUAAAGGCUUGGGCUACGUGUCGUGUCUGAACCGCGGCACCGAUGCCGUCCAAACAAUGCAAGAUCUCGUCGUCAACCUGCUGGGCAAAGGCUACCCCGUCGACCUCGGCAAGGUGAACUUCCCCCUACCCACCGAGGGACUCGAGGUCGUUGCUCAGCUCCCCUCGUACCCCUGGAACCACUCGACCAAGUUCUGGAUGGAGUCCCGGAAGAACAGGGACUACCGCCAUCGCAAGCACGCUCCCCAUGAUCUCCUGGGCACUCUUAUUCCGGGAAGCAACCUGUUGUCUCCGACGUGGAGGAACAUGAUCCGCCCAGCUGAGAUUCCGUGGGUUCGUGACCAUAUCGUCGACAACGAGAUCGUCUACCCAGGCGCAGGCCAAAUCGCCAUGGCCAUCGAGGCAGUCCGGCAACUCUUUGUCGAUAAGGAUGUCCCCAUCGUCGGGUAUACCCUCCGAGACAUUGAGAUCAUGAGAGCUCUCAUCAUCCCGGAUACCAUUUUCGGUGCCGAGGUCCAUCUGAAUCUCACCGUCCCUGAUGACAGGUCGCUGUCACGAGACUGGCGCGAAUUCCACAUCUACACGUACAGCGGCACUUCGGGGGCAGACGAGGCGGGAGACUGGGUCGAGUGCUGCAAGGGUCUCAUCUCCGUUGUCACGCCCACUCCCAACGGCCACACGUCGGACUGGCGCCGCGUGUAUCCCGAGACGAAGGCGAUCAACUUCGACACCAAGUCCGGGGCGUACAGCCGGGCCAUCGAGGUCAGCGACUUCUACGACGGCCUCUACGCCAUCAACAUCAAGCACGGCGAGGCCUUCCAGAACCUAGACGCCAUCCGCAGCGGAAACGCCCAGUCCGUCACGGCGUUCCACGUUGCCGACACGGCGGCCAUCAUGCCGUCGGGUGUGCAGAGCAGCCACGUCAUCCAUCCCAUCACGCUCGAUCAGCUCUUCCAGGCCGCUUACACGGCCGUCUCGCCGCACGUCCAGGCCACCAUGGGCGCCGCCAUCCCCCGCUCGAUCAAGAAGAUGUUCGUGGCGUCGGAUAUCAGCAGCCAGGCCGGACACGAGUUCCACAACUUUGCCAAGAUCCACUACGCGAGCGCUCAGGGGUUCGACGUGUCCAUGGCCCUCGCGAACAAGGACGAGCGGGGCGGCGCGCCUCCCGUGCUGGAGAUCGGGCAGAUGCACUACCAGUCGCUCGGAAACGUCGCCGCGAAGGACGAUUCGGACCAGACCAAGCUCUGCUUGAAGUCCAACUGGGUCCACGACCUGUCCGUCGUGAAGAGGGAUACCUACAAGAAGUCCGUCAAAGGACUGAUGAGCCCUCGCGAAACCACCUUGGUCGAGGACCUUAAGCGGGCUACCGUCUAUAUCAUCAACGACGUCCUCGAAGAGCUCACGGAGGAGGACAUUGAGAAAUUGGACUGGCACUACAAGAUCUUCCUGGACUGGUUGCAGUAUCAGCAGGAACUGGCAUCGACAGACCAGAUCGCGCCCAUGAGCUCGAAAUGGUCCCAGGCCACCGAAGGAGCAAAGCAGCGGCUCUGGGAUCAAGUCAGCGCGGCCUCGGUCAACGGAGAGAUGUUGGUCCGCAUUGGCAACAACCUCCUCGGCAUUCUGCGAAAGGAGGUCACCCCCCUGGAGCUCAUGAUGGAAGAGAACCUCCUCUACAAAUACUACGAGAACGCCCUCCGCGUCGAACGCUCCCUCGAACAGGUCCAGAAACUCGUCAAGACCUUCUCGUACGCCUACCCCCGGGCCAAGGUCCUCGAGAUCGGCGGCGGCACCGGCGCCUGCACCGGCCCCGCCCUGCGCGCCAUGAGCGACGACGAGUCCGGCGCGAACCCCCACUUUGCGCGCUACGACUUCACCGACAUCUCGUCCGGCUUCUUCGAGACGGCGCGCAAGACCUUCGCGGCCUGGGAGCACCUGAUGACGUUCAACAAGCUCAACGUCGAGGACAGCGCCGAAGAGCAGGGCUUCGAGCUCGGGAGCUACGACCUGAUCAUCGCCUGCCAGGUGCUCCACGCCACGCGCGACAUGGACCACACCAUGGCCAACGUGCACAAGCUGCUGAAGCCCGGCGGCAAGCUGGUCAUGGUGGAGACGACGCAGGAUGCCAUGGACGUGCAGCUCGUGUUCGGCACGCUGCCUGGCUGGUGGCUCAGCAAGGAGCCCGAGAGGAAGUACAGCCCCAAUAUGCCCCUCGACAUGUGGAAGGGUGUCCUCUCCCGCACGGGAUUCUCCGGCGUGGAUAUUGCGAUUCGCGACAGCGAAGACGACCGCAACUAUGCCAUGAGCGUCAUCAUGUCGACUGCCUUGCCGGACCAUCCUAGCGACUAUGCCCAGCAGGUCGUCCUCGCCUAUGCCCCACACGUAUCCCCUCCCCCCGAAAGCUGGCUCUCUGGUCUUCAGCGAUCCAUCGAGGGGGGGACAGGGGCCCAUGUGUCCAUGGAAAGCCUCGACAAGCUCAACCCCGCCGGGCAAGUGGUCGUCUUCGUUUCGGAAAUCGAGUCUCCCGUCCUGGAUGGCAUCUAUGGUGCUGGCUUUGCGUCGAUCCAGCGUCUUCUCACCGAGGCCAAGGGUGUCUUCUGGAUCACCCGCGGCGCUACCAUCGACUGCCCGAAUCCCGAUCUGGCCCUCCACACAGGUCUAUUGCGUACUCGUCGUCUCGAGGACAACUCGAAGCGAUAUAUUGCUCUCGACCUCGACCCCCAGGACGCGGACGCCGUCUGGUCCGAUUCCUCCAUCGAGACCAUCUCCGAGGUUUUCGCCAGGACAUUCGACUAUGCGACGGAGAAGAACACGCUCGACUUUGAAUACGCCGUCCGCGGAGGUGAUCUCUUGGUCCCGAGGAUCAGCGAGGACUCCAAGGAGAACAACGAGACGCGCGCCGACGACACGACCAACAUGGAGCCCGAGAUGCAGGAAUUCCUGCAGCCAGGCCGCGAGCUCCGCAUGGGCGUUGAGACACCAGGUCUCCUCGACAGCCUCAUGUUCAAGGACGACCCCGAAGCCGGCAAGCCCCUCGAGGAAGACUUUGUCGAGAUCGAAGCCAAGGCUUUCGGCCUCAACUUCCGCGACAUCAUGGUCUCGAUGGGCCAGCUGCAGGAGAAGAUCGUGGGCUUCGAGUGCAGCGGCAUCGUUACCCGCGUCGGUCCUCCUUCGGCCAACAACGCCCAGCAGCAGCACAGCUUCAAAGUCGGCGACCGUGUGUGCGCGUUGACGACGCGGGGCCACUGGGCCAACAGGAUCCGCAUCCACUACACGGGCGUCGGUACGAUCCCGGACCACAUGUCGUUCGAGGCGGCGGCGUCCAUCCCCAUGGUCUUCGUGACGGCGUACUACAGCCUGUUCGAGAAGGCGCGGCUCGAAAGGGGGGACACGGUGCUCAUCCACGCCGCAUCGGGCGGCGUGGGACAGGCGGCCAUCAUCCUGGCCAAGUGGGCCGGCGCCGAGGUCUUCGCCACCGUGGGCGCGCCGGAGAAGCGCGCGUUCGUGCGCGACACGUACGGCAUUCCGGACGACCAUAUUUUCUCCUCGCGCGACGUGUCGUUUGCCGCCGACGUGCUGGCGACCACCGGCGGCCGCGGCGUCGACGUCCUGCUGAACUCCCUGGCGGGCGAGAUGUUGCAGGAGUCGUGGAACGUCAUGGCCACGCUGGGCCGGUUCGUGGAGAUUGGCAAGCGCGACAUCCAGACGCGGAAGCGGCUGGAGAUGGAGCCGUUCGGCCGCGCCAUCUCCUUCAUGGCCGUCGACCUGAUCCAGCUCGGCAACUUCCAGGGCAAGACCAUGCACCGCGUCAUGGGCGAGUGUCUGGACCUGCUCGAGGCCAAGACCAUCCAACCCAUCCAGCCGGUCACCGUGUACCCCAUCUCGGAGAUCCAGCGUGCUUUCCGCACCAUGCAGGCGGGCAAGCAUCUCGGCAAGAUCGUCGUCAAGCCGAACCCGGGGGAUCUCGUCAAGGUGUUGUCGCAGAGGCAGGCGGUCAAGCUGAACCCGGAGGCUUCGUACCUGCUCGUCGGCGGGCUGGGCGGCAUCGGUCGGUCUAUCGCCCAGUGGCUGGUCGCGCGGGGUGCGAAGAACCUCAUCUUGGUGUCCCGUUCAGCGGCGUCCCAGAGCAACUCGCAGGCCUUUGUGAAGGAGCUGCAAGCCGCGGGUUGCAACACGGUCAUCAAGAAUUGCGACAUUGCGGAUGCCAGUGAUCUGCGCCGCGUUAUCGAUGAGUGUUACGCCGAAGUGCCCGCUGUUAAGGGUGUCAUCCAGGCGGCCAUGGUUCUCAAUGACUCCGUCUUCGAACACAUGGAAUACAAACAAUGGGUCAACGCCACCCGUCCCAAGGUGCUGGGCACGCGCAACCUCCACGACCAGUUUGGCGACUCCCUGGACUUCUUCGUCAUGCUCUCCUCCGCCACCGGCGUGCUCGGAAACACCUCCCAGGCCAACUACGCCGCAGGAGGCACGUUCCAAGACGCCUUCGCACGGUUCCGCACCUCGCAAGGCCUCCCCGCCGUGUCCAUCGACCUGGGAAUGGUCAAGUCGGUCGGCUACGUGGCCGAGACCAAGGGCGUCGCGGAACGUCUCGCAAAGAUCGGCUACAGGCCGUUGGAGGAGGACGAAGUGCUGCGGAUCAUCGAAUCGGCGGUGCGGACGCCCCUGCGCCAGCAGCAGGCGGAGGCGGGGCGCCACAGCCAGGUCAUCACGGGCUUGGCGCAGUACGAGAGCGUCGACGACAUUGUGUGGCGCGAAGAGCUGCGGUUCUCGGGUCUCCGGCGUCUUCGCGGCUCCCAUGCCAAUGCCGAUGGCGAGGCGGCAGGGAAGAGAAAGUCGGGCGAUAACAGCUUCGGAACCGUCCUCUCCAAGGCGGAGUCCAUGACGGAGGCUGUUGGGCACGUUGCCGGUGCUAUCGUGGCCAAGCUGUCGGAGAUGUUCAUGUAUGCCGCCUCGGACAUUGAUACGAACCAGGGCCUUGGCAAGUACGGAGUGGACUCGCUGGUGGCAGUUGAGUUGAGGAAUUGGCUUGUCAGCAGGAUGCAGACGGAGGUUUCCAUCUUUGAUAUCUUGCAGAGCUCGUCGUUGAUGGUGUUGGCGGAGAAGGCGGCGGCGGCGAGUAAGUAUGUGAUCAAGGCUGGGCUGGUGGCGGCGGUUUAAGGG